AUGGAGAGAACAAGUUCGCAUCUUUUUCAAAUUCAAUCGGAAAAAUAUGGAGAGUUAAGGACUGUGUUAUCUAUUGAUGGUGGUGGAAUCAGAGGCAUUAUUCCCAGCAUUAUUCUCAAUUUUCUUGAAGCACAACUUCAGAAAUUAGAUGGUGAAGAUGCAAGAAUUGCAGACUACUUCGAUGUGAUUGCAGGGACAAGCACAGGUGGUCUAGUCACAGCCAUGUUGACUGCCCCAAACGAAAAGAAUCGGCCAUUGUUUGCUGCAAAAGACAUCAAGGCCUUCUAUCUUGAUCAUUGUCCUAAAAUCUUCCCUCAGAAGAGACGUCCAUUUGCUAAUGCUACAAAGGUAAUAAGAGCUUUGUCAGGACCAAUGUAUGAUGGCAAGUAUCUCCAUUGUCUCGUUAAAGAGAUGCUUGGAAACACAAGGUUGAACCAGACAUUGACCAAUGUUGUGGUUCCAACUUUUGACAUCAAGCGACUACAGCCAACCAUCUUCUCUACCUAUGAGGUGAAAAAAAAUCCAAGCCUAAAUGCCUUACUCUCAGAUAUAUGCAUUGCAACUUCAGCUGCACCAACUUAUCUUCCUCCACAUGGUUUUGAAACAGAAGACUCUUCAGGGAAAGCAAGACAAUUCAAUCUUGUUGAUGGCGGAGUUGUAGCGAACAAUCCGACUCUAGUUGCGAUUGGUGAAGUGGCAAAGGAGAUUAACCGAGAGCGUAGCGACUUUUUCCCGAUAAAGUCGACAAAUCAUGGCAAAUUCCUAGUUUUAUCACUAGGAACCGGCUCAGCAAAAAAAGAUGAGAAAUACAACGCCAAAGAAGCAGCUAAAUGGGGUGUUUUGGGGUGGUUGACUAAUAGUGCUUCCACUCCACUAGUCGAUGUAUUCACUGAAGCCAGUGGCGAUAUCAUGGAUUUACACAUUUCUACCAUCUUUCAAGUUCUUCACUUUGAAAAUAAUUACCUCAGAAUUCAGGAUGACACAUUAAGUGGGCAAGUAUCUUCCGUUGAUAUUGCAACCAAGGAGAACUUGGAGGAUCUUGUGAAAGUUGGUGAGAGAUUGUUGAAAAAGCCAGUUUCAAGUGUGAAUUUAGAGACCGGUUUAUAUGAACCUUCUAAUCAGGGCACUAAUGAGGAGGCUCUCAUAAGGUUGGCAAAAAUACUGUCUAGGGAGAAGCACCUCCGCGGGUUAAGAUCGCCACAAGGAUGA